UUCCAGCUUUACUGCCGUCUUUGAUAUGCACAGGCACAUGUGAGAACAUUAAGCUACUUGGAUAACAUUAGACCUUUUAAGAGGCAGAGCACUUGGAGGUGAUUUGUCUGCAUGAGUGAUAUAUGUGCCAGAAUCUGAAAAGCUCUGCCUUGGUGUGUCAUGUAGGCUGAACCUACAUGAGGGAGAGGAUACAGUAUUGAAGCAGUUGAUCAUUCUUUCUAGAGAGGCUUUCAUGGUUUUUUGCUACUGUUUUGCAUUUCCCACAGAGCAAGUGCCACUAUGGUUUUCCAUGGUUUACAUGAGGAUGUACAAAAUGAGGAGAAAACUCCUUUGUUCAGCCCACAAGUAGGACAAACCCUGGCUCUGCGUAGACAAAAUUUCUAGUAUCAACCUUUUCCCGCAAGCCAUGGAGAAUAGGGAGGAGUAGCAACUGCAGACUGAGAAUACAUUAAUUAAAGAUUUCAUAAUUGCAGUUAGGGAGAUGAGAAAAACAAGGUAAUAUGAAGACACUAUCUAUACAAAGAAUAGCCAAUGAUUUGCAUACCAGAAUCUUUCAUAUGGCUAAAAAGCACAGGCAAAGAUGCAGUGCACCCCAGAGACAGGAAGCUCCAAGAACAGUUGUUAGGUGGGAGAUAACAGUGACUUCCCAAGAAAUCUCUGCUUCACCCACCAUUUGGAUGCUGGAAUGACUUGCUGUAGAAGCCUCUGGGCAGCCCAUUCCUGAUCACUCAGCAGCUUGUACUCUAACAUGGCUCUGCUGUCAGUAAUUUGAUGCAGCCCCAUAGUGAGAACAACAAAUUGUACUAAAGCUAGUAACUAUUCACUCUUCCUAUGCAUGGGAGGACUCAUAACCUUAAUUGUUCUCUUACAAUUACAGAGGCUAGGCACUCUUUCAAGGAGAAAGAAACAAUAAAAGGGGAGACCAUGGCCAGAGUGGCAAAUGCGGAAGACUUAAGUGCCUUACAUCCCUCCUCUCAAAGAAUCACAUUUACCCCACGACCUCAGUCUACACAAAGGAGAGCAUCAUUGUGUGGCAGCAGGCAGAAUUCAAUUAAAUCAGCUGCAUCUGUGAGCUCUGUCCCAGAUCCCACAUUAUUCUCCCGGGACAUUGGGCAGAUCUUACUUCAAAAGACAGCUGAAAAAGAAGAUGAACUGAAAAAAGCAUUUCAGACUCUUGAUGUUGAUCAGACCCUGACAGUCACAAAGGGUGAAUUCAGGAGAGUGAUUGAAACUUUUCUUUUCCCUCUAACACAAGCCGAAUUUGAUGCUAUGCUGGCAGAGAUCCCAAAUACUGGCAAAGUUACUGUGCCAUAUCUUGACUUCCUGUCAAAGUUCACUGAAGUUGCCAAAAGUACCAGCAUGCUAAAAAGGUUGAACAACAGCCAAAGUAGCCAAACAAUGACGUUAAGUCAACUGGAAUCCCUCCUCAAAGAGAAAAUUGCGAAGAAUGUGAAAAGCAUUAUCAGGAGCUGCAGACUUUUUGACUACAACCAUUCAGGACAGAUACAGAGGCACACACUAAGGCAUAUUCUUGAGAUCACCUGUUUUAGGAUGAAGGACUCAGAAUUUGAAAAGCUGUGGAACCAUUACUGUGUUAGAGAUUCUAAUGUGAUGGAUUAUAAAAAAUUUCUGAAAAAUUUUGGCAUAAAUACAGAUACAGUUAAGGAAAAGAGUACAGAAAACCAAGUUCCAGCGCUAACCUGCCAGAAGAUAAAGGAAAGAGAACAGAAACAGAAGAAACGUCUGGAGCCCUCGCCAGCAGAGCGCGCUGUGACAGAGUGCAGGCUGGCGAGCACUGAGCGGGCAUUUAGAGAGAAGCUGUGCUCAGCCUAUCAGGACAUUGAAAAAGCCUUCAGAGCAAUCGAUGUCAGUCAGAGUGGAUUUAUAUCUUUGGAUUACUUGAAGUCAGUCAUAAAUGGCUUUGUAUUUCCUUUACCAAAUGAAACUUUUCAAGAGCUAAUGAAUAGGUUUGGACUGAAAGCCAUAGGUAAAAUUGCUUGGCAACAAUUUUUAGAAAAAUUUCGUGAUCCUGGCAGUGCCUUUGAAAACAGGCAGGCAAUUCCUAUGAGAAAAAAACAUAAAGUGAAUCCAGUUAGAGGAGAAGAUGAAACUUUCUCCGGUGACACUGUUCUUCAGAAGUUGUGCAGAUAUAUCCAAGAUGCUUAUCCCUCUCUAAAGCAGGCAUUCCUGAUGCUUGAUGAAGUAAGAGCAACUAUUUUUAGUGCUGAAACCUGGCAUCAGGGACGAGAUAGAAAGAUCACAAGAGAUGAGCUUCAUCGCGUUUUACAUUACCUCUUACUUCAAAUAAAAAAUAAAGAUUUCCAGGAGCUAAUCCAGAUAAUUGAUCCAGAACAGACUAGAUACCUUGACUAUCAUAAAUUUUUAGACUUGGUUGAAGAAAAAGAAUCUCUAGUGGCGGAGAUCCUUUCAGAUAAAAUUACAGAAAACUGGAAAGAUUUUCAUAAGACUCUGCAGUCCUAUGAUCCUAAAUGUACUGGCACUAUUAGCAGAAGUCAUCUAAGGAAAGUUCUACAGAUGUGUUGUCCCUCUUUGUCAGAUCAACAAUUUAUGAAGUUAUGCUAUAAAUAUCAGGAUAAAUCUUCUGGUGGUAUCUUUUACAACAUGCUUUUGGAUAGCUUAAAGGUUGCUGUUCCUCCUGAUGACUUAAAUGGUAUCAGCUCACAUAUAUCAAAGGGAAGCAAACAAAGAGAAGAAAAAAGGCAAAGAGAUCUUUCAAAAAGAAUGAAACAGAUUGAAGAUCAAGCUAACAAAUAUGCCAAGAAUAGAACUGUUGAUGAAGUAAUUGAAAGGCUGAAGGACAAAGUGUUACAACAGGCAGCAACUAUUAAAGACAGCUUUCUUGCCUACAACAAGCAAUCAAAUGGGAAAAUUACUAAAGUUGGUUUGCAGAAGGUGUUGGAGGAUCAUGGCAUGCCAAUGGAUGACAAUCAAUUUAAUCUACUAACAGAAAAGUUAGGAUUCCCAGAUGGAGGGUUGAGUUAUGUGGAUUUUGUGGCAAUAUUUGAAGAUGCCAGAUUGAAUGGGCCACGAGCUACAUUAUGUCACAGCCCAAACCGCAGAGGAAAUAAUGCUAAAUAUCACUACAUGACUGCUGAAGAAUGUCUCAGUCAGCUUAAUGAUAAGCUGAUGGAAGUCUACGGGGACACCUAUUCUGCCUUCCGUAACACAGACAGUAACCGUGAUGGUAUCAUCAACAUGCUUGACUUUCGACACCUCUUGGACAGCUUUCUGUUUAGUCUUAGAGAUGAGGAGUUUUUGCGCCUACUUGGUAUGUUGAGAAUGAACCUGACCUCCACAUUAAAUUACCAAGAAUUUUGUCAACUGUUCCAGACCCAAGAAACUAAGGAGGUACCUCCUUGGCUGAUUCCGCUUCACAAAAAAAAACAGAUGAUAACGGAUGCAGAGCUAGCUUGUGAUCAGGCUCAUUACUACCUUGUUAUCAAAGCAAGAACCAGAUGGCAUGACCUAGCAAGGAGUUUUCAGGAAUAUGACAGUGAAGGAAAUGGCAUUAUACAGCCAGAGGAUUUGAAAAAAGUCUUGUUCAGAUUUGGCAUUCCAGUCACCCCAGAAGAAUUUAAGAAGCUUUGGGCAAGGUAUGAUACAGAUGCAAAAGGAUAUCUUACUCACCAAGAAUUUUUACAGAGACUGGGGAUAAAGUUUGCACCUGCUGACACAGGGCUCAGCAGACAUAUCACAGAAGACAAGUAUGCACACUUAAAAGCACAUUAUAAUAAUCAGCAAAAGAAGCAUUCAAAGCUGGAAGAGCAGCAGAAACAGCAAACUAAAGCUCUGCAUGUAAACGAAAUGAAAAAGCAGAUCAACUUAGGAAUCAGCAUUCAUAACAGCAAGCUCUCUUAUUUUGAUUUCCUGAGAGCAAUUGAUGAUGGCAGAGCAUCUAAAUACCAACGGAGACAAAAGCAGGCUGUACCACCUGCAAGCUUUGCAGCUCUGAGCUUAGAAAAGACUCUAAUUGAGAUAAAAGAAAUAGUUGCAUCAUCUUAUGAUUUGUUGUACAAGGCAUUUUCUCUGUUUGAUAAAGAAGAUACUGGGGUAAUUAAAACACUGGAAUUUCGGCAGGUACUUGACCAUUUCUGCUUUAAAUUAUCAGACAAACAAUUCAGGCACCUUCUCAAGAACCUUAAACUUCGUGAAGAAUUGACAGUAAACUGGAAGAUUUUCCUGAAGAAUAUCAACCUCCACUCAGAGACUGAGGAAGGGCAAAAAGUCAUUCUACCUCAAUCUUCUCGGGAGCUGUCAAAGAAAGGCAUCCUCUCCCGGAUACGAGAAGUAGUGACUGCUCGCUUUAACACAAUUGCAAAAGAGUUUAAAGAUAUUGACUCUUCAAAAGAUAACACGGUAUCGAAAGAGGAGUUCUGGGAUAUAUGUAACCGACAUUUUCUGCUGCUGACUGAAGAACAAUUUGAAAAUCUUUGGAACACUGUGGAUGUCAAUGCUGGUGGACGGUUGAAGUAUCAGGACUUUUUGAAGAAGUUCAGCUCAGAACUUUUAACGAUGCCAUCAAGCACUUCCAGUACAACUAGUUCUGCGUCUUCUACCAAGCCAGUUACUGGUGCCAUGCUGGAGCCACAGGUAUCUUCUCAGCCUGAACGUGCCAGGACAUUGUCUUCUCUGGGAGAGCAAAAAAGAACACCAGCAUCUAGCUGUCCUCAGACAACAGCAGCAUGUUCUGGACCUGUCCUUAACUGUGAACCAAUAGAAAAUAAGAUAAGAAAGAACAUCAAGCAUUCUUGGAGAAGAAUACUGAAAGAGUGCAAAGAGAAGGAUGUCAGCAAGCAAGGAGAAAUCCCAGUGUCAGAGUUCCUAGAUAUAGCAGAGAAGUUCAAGUUGGAUUUAAGUGAAGAGGAAGUUAACCAAAUAACAACAAAAUAUGAUUUCAAGAAUAAUGGGAAGUUUGCCUACUGUGACUUCCUUCAGAGCUGCAUCUUGUUUUUAAAGCCACAGGAAACCUCCCUGCUACAAAGGAUGAUUAUACAGAAGCCACAAAUACCGCUGAGUCCUGGACCACAAACCACAUCAUUCUUCAGUGCAAUGCUGAGAAUUCAACCCCAGAUCCUGCACUGCUGGAGACCAAUGAGACGAACUUUUAAAUCCUAUGAUGAAAGUCGGACUGGAUUGUUAAAUAUUCCAGAUUUUAGACAAGUUCUUCGUGAGUACAGCAUUAACCUAACUGAAGAAGAGUUAUUUAACGUCUUGGAAUAUUAUGAUAAAACUCUGUCUUCAAAAAUAUCCUAUAAUGAUUUUCUCCGGGCAUUUUUACAGUAGGAUUUGGUCAAAUGCAGGAAGCUGUAGAUAAAGUAGAUAAAGAGAGUGACUGAUUUAUAAUUUCAAAUUUCAAACUAAUAAAUUAAUUGAGUAUGGCUUUUUUGUGUCUAUUCAUUAGAAAGCUCAAAAUACUUAACAAUUCUGACAGAGUGGUCUUGUGUUGUGGAUUAAAUCUACAUAGUGAGGGAAUUAAUUUUGCAUAAUCCAUUUAUCAAAGAAGAAAAAGACAACAAUUAAUGAUGUCAAAAUAAUGCUUCCUAAGACAUAUCCAAAAGCAAUGCAUUUAAGAAAGUUCUUUUUAAAAAUUUUAUGCAUUUUAUUAAUGACACACUCCAACUUCAGUGAAAAGGUUUACAAGGCAUACUAUUCAAUUUCCUCAAUUGUAAUUUUCCAAAUGUAUUACUUUUAACUUAUUAGCCUUCAUUAUUCAAAAAAUCAUCCUGUCCACAAUCUAUCUUUUUCCUCUACUUGAUCAUGCAGUGCUGUAUUUGUAUUGCCAAUGACAUUACAUGUUAAUAUGGCAUGGCCUUUGAAAUUUGAGCAGAUGCCAGUUGUGCAUGGACAUGCCACCUUUUUCUGUUAAAACCAUUCUUCUACAUCCUUCAGUACAGUUGAAAAAAUAAGCUACUUUACUAAUCAGCUUUGGCUUCUUAACUGCAGAGGUAUAUUCCCAGUGCUAGCCUUGAGGUUUGUUUUUUAAGGAUAAUACAUAUUUUUAUAUAAUAAGCAGUAAACUGCAAGUAAAACCUCUGGUGAGAUUCCCCCAUUCAGAAAAGUUAUGUUUAUAUAUCUUGUGAGAUACUUUGAUCCUGACAAGGAAGUUAAAAGAUAAUUGUUUUGACUGUUGAACUGUUGUGAUAAUUAAAGGAUAUAUGAUCAUUAGA